AUGAUGGCCAAAAGGCAAAGAGGGAUGGCCAGAGUCGCGCUUAAAAAUGGGCCGGAGCUGACCACACCAAUACUUACUGUAUGGGGAGCUACCACAGCUACUACGGGGUACUACAGCGGCCGAUUCAGGGGGACGCAAGGGAAGCAGGGAAGCAAGGAGGCUGGGGAGCUCUUGGUCGCCCUUGGGGUCCCAUCCGCUUACCGCUGGGUUGCAGCAUCAUGUCCGAAGAGUCCACUGGCGACUGGAGACUCUACGCAAGCCGUCAACCUGGACUUUGAAGCCCGAGUUCCCGUGCCCUUUAGCAUCUUCCCGUCCACUUAUAAGGACAACGAAGCAGCACGCCCUCAGACUCAAAUCACCACUCACGAGGAGGUUCAACUAACCCUCCCUCAAAAGAAGCCAGCCGGACGGGAGGGUCAACUCUCUUCUUUCCCCCCAAGCACCGAGCUAGCUCCUCCUCGCAAGGAACACCGCUUUGAAGAAGAGGUCCGUAUCACUCGUGAGGAAGAACGUCACCGCCGUCCCGGUUCCCGCCAGUCCGAACGCUUCGUAAAGGAAGAGUUCCGUGGGGAUGAGAAUGGGCACGGGGAGGGCGGCGGAGCUCACUAUGGGGAGCUGACAGCCGGGGUGGGAGUUCAGCUAGGGUUCCCAGCCAUGCCAUUUUAUCCCGGCUCAGGGGUGCCCGGGCCCACAGGUGUUGGCCCAGAGACGAAGGAAGCUCAAGCACAAAAGGGAAUCUCUCCAACUAACUCGAGUACUUUUAGACCUAUCCCACCUCCUCCUCGAGACUACACUGAGACUCAGGUCAAAGUUGAUUCAUCUCGCCGCUUCUCCAACCCCAUUGACGUUGCUGAGCGCGAAUAUCGGGAACGUUUCCGUCCUCAACAACCCGAAGCCACUACCGGUCUUGAACUAGUUCAAGUCCGUCGUCCUCACCACCAGAAGUCCUCUACCAAGGUCUCUGACAUCACCGUCGACGAGCGUGUUUCCAUUGCCCGUCCCAACUUCCGUGAGGAAAUCAAGAUCACUGAGGAAAUCCGCGAGUCUACUCCGUAUCCUUCCGAACAAUCAGCCAAGAUGGGUUACUACGACGACGAAGGCUCCUACCACUCCAUCCGCCAGGAUGUCAAGCACGGCGUGGCCAAGGCAGUGGACAAGCUGCUCCCCCAUCACCAUCACCACCAUCAUCAUCAUCACAGUGACAAUAAUAACACCACCAUUACAGAGCACGUUGAGGUCGAUGUUGUCCGCCACGAUGCUAACUCUUCGCGCCGCCCAGCUCCUGCCACCGAGUCGCAGCCUAACACUGUGUCCAUCCCCUGCCACCACAUCCGUCUGGGUGACUUCUUGAUGCUCCAGGGCCGACCAUGCCAGGUCAUCCGCAUCUCGACCUCGUCUGCCACUGGCCAGUACCGCUACCUCGGUGUUGACCUCUUCACCAAGCAGCUGCACGAGGAGUCCUCCUUCAUUGCCAACCCCGCCCCCAGCGUCGUUGUCCAGACCAUGCUCGGCCCUGUCUUCAAGCAGUACCGCGUCCUCGACAUGGCUGACGGCUUCGUCACUGCCAUGACCGAGACCGGCGAUGUCAAGCAGGGUCUGUCUGUCAUUGACCAGUCCAACCUUUGGUCUCGUCUCCAGCAGGCUUUCGAGUCUGGCCGCGGCAGCGUCCGUGUCCUCGUCCUCAACGACGGCGGCCGUGAGCUCGCCGUUGAGAUGAAGGUCAUCCACGGCUCUCGCUUGUAA